AUGAACUUAUUGGGCAACUUCUUGACCACGAUCAAACCCAGACUAGAUGACACAGUAAUCGACAGGCUGAAUUAUUAUUAUUCCACCUUGAUUAUUACCGUGAUGGCGAUUACUUUGACGGCCAGACAGUAUGUCGGACAGCCUUUGCAAUGCUGGGUUCCGGCUGAGGUGAGUGAGAGAUUUUAUGUUGAUUUCGGCAAUAUCUAUCAAGCCAAUUAUGAUUGUUUCAGUUUUCCAAAGCUUGGGAACAAUAUGCAGAAAAUUAUUGGUAAGGGGUUUUUGCAAAUCAGGCUUCUAAAAAGUAUUUUUAAUCAAUUUUAAUUUUAGCUUUGUAUAUAAUACAUAUUGGGUGAGUCCGGAAGAAGAUAUUCCGAACCAGGUCGACGAAAGGUCAGAAAUUCUAAUCUAGUGUCCUAAACAACUUAAAAUAACUUUUCAGAGUUCGGCGACAACUUCUUUACUAUCAAUGGGUACCUUUUAUCAUGGCCUUACAAGCUGGUUGUUUUUAUUUACCAGUCAUCUUCUAUAGCAAGGUGAAUAAGAGCUCGGGAGUUGAUGUGACUGAUAUUAUAAAAUCAUUGAAUGAUGUGGAUAAAGCGGAGGUAAACUCUUAUUUUCACAAGAAACGUUACGAAUUUAGAAGACAGAAAGAGCGAAGGCAGUAAAUGCAAUCACAGCAAUCAUCGAAGAGAGCCUCAGAUUAAUGUUUGUUCGACGACAAAACGCGGGGAAACAUUGGAGGGCAUCAAUGAAGUAUGGCCUUUUAUCCGGGACUUAUUUGACAAAGUAAGAUCGUCCAUUGCAAAAACCUACAAAGGUCCGCACCAAAAAUCCUGACCAUCACUGCCGAAUUUGAUAAAAAUCUAUGCAAGGCAUCCCUAAAAAUACAGUUUUAGUGUCUACACCACCACCAAAUUGUUGUACCUAGUCAAUCUGGUCGGCCAAUUCAUUAUGAUGAAUCAAUUCCUGGGCCAAGACAACCAUCUCUGGGGCUUUAAUAUUCUCCAUGACAUUACAAUGGGUCGAGAUUGGGAGCUUUCGGGGAACUUUCCUCGGGUCGCCCUCUGUGAUUUCACUGUCCGCACCUUGGCCAACGUCCAGAGAUUCAGCAUCCAAUGCGUGCUGAUGCUGAAUAUGUUCAACGAGAAGAUCUUCCUCUUCCUUUACUGGUGGUUGGUCUUUGUUUUCUUCCUCUCUUUGCACGACACUGCUCAAUGGCAAUUACUGUUGAGAUGGCCAAACCAUCGAACCCAAUAUGUGAAGCGAUUUAUUCGACCGGAAAUGGAAUUUAAAUUACUUUUGAGAGAGUUUUGUGAGAGGGUUGUCCAUCCGGAUGUUGUUUUUGUCCUGGAAAUGAUUAGUUUGCAGGCAAAUGAACUCUAUACUCAAGAGGUUAUACAAGCGUUGUGGAAGGAAUAUCAGUAAGUGCAAAUAGUCAUAUUCUACCGUAAUAUCAGUCUAUAAAAAUUACGAAUGAUAAUCUAUUUUUAGGACCAACGCCCAGCUCCAAGACAUUGUAACCAAACUGGACUUUCGCCGCAAGACCCUUUUACUGACUCAGCCCUCAAAAGCCUCGGAUUCUGGCCAUCUGAGUGAAGUUGAAGAAUCCGGAGAAGAAGCUGAGGAUGAGGGAGAAAACGAUGCAUCUUCUUCCAUCCAAUUUCAGUCGAAUUAG